UUCUUGUGAGUACUACGGGCCUUUUUCCAGGCCUUAUGGCCUGUGGAACUUCACCACUGGGGGGAAGGCUGGGCCGGAUAGAGUCAUCACCCGUGACACCGGCCCCAUGGAUGGGGUGGAAUGGAUACCCAGACAUCCCAGGGUCGAGGACCUAAGGGUUGGGCUCAUCAGCUGGGCAGGAACCUACCUUACCUAUGAGUCAUGCAAGAACACAGUCACUGCUACCGCAAAGAGUUUGGGCAGGAGACAGACCUGGGAGCUUCUGGUGAGCAAUGAGCAUGAUACACAGGCCGUGGUACGACUAAAGAGUUUGCAGGGGCUCUACCUGCUGUGUGAGGGGGAUGGCACUGUGAGUUAUGGCCGGCCAAGGACCAGCCACCAUGGAUGCUUCCUACUCCGUUUCCACCGUAACAGCAAGUGGACACUCCAGUGCUUAAUUUCUGGUCGUUAUCUGGAGUCCAAUGGCGAGGAUGUGUUCUGCAAUUCCAGGGUCCUCUCAGCUUACCACAUGUGGACCCCCCAGCCAGCCCUACACGUCCAUGUAAUCCUCUACAGCCCCAUCCACCACUGCUAUGCACGGACUGACCCCACCAUGGGCCGCAUCUGGGUGGAUGCAGAAGUCCCCUGCCUGGAGGAAUGUGGCUUCCUAUUGCAUUUCCAAGAUGGAUGCUACCACCUGGAGACCUCUACACACCACUUCUUGUCCCACUUAGACCGGCUGGUCUCCCAACCCUCAUCACAGACAGCUUUUCACAUGCAAGUGCGGCCUGGAGGGCUUGUGGCGCUGUGCGAUGGAGAAGGCGGCAUGUUAUAUCCACAGGGCACGCAUCUGCUCCUGGGCCUGGGCUCCAGUCCUAUGAGGGGUGAAGAAUGGUUCAUCCUACAGCACUGCCCCACCUGGGUCAGCCUCAGGUCAAAGUCUCGGAGGUUCAUCUCCAUCACCUACGAUGGUGAGGUACAUGGUACCUCUGAGCGCCUAAUCCCAAUGUCCAUAUUCCAGUUUGAAUGUGACAGUGAAAACUCCACCUUGCAGCUUCGUUCAGCCACCGGCUGCUACCUAGCCCAGAGGCGCCACAGGACAGUGAUGGCUGAUGGACACCCCCUGGAGCCUGAUACCUUCUUCCGAGUGCACUGGAACUGUGGCAAGAUCAUCAUGCAGUCCUCUAACGGGCGCUACCUGGGCAUUGCAGCCAAUGGCCUGCUGAUGGCCAAUGCUACCCUUCCAGGCUCAAAUGAGGAAUUUGCGAUUCGAUUAGCCAACCGCCCCUUCCUUGCGCUGCGCGGUCGGUACGGGUACGUGGGCUCCUCGUCAGACCGUGACCUCAUACAGUGCAAUAUGAACCAGCCCGACUGCAUUCAUUUACUACCCUGCCGUCAGGGCAUCUACCAUUUCCAGGCACAGGGUGGAUCCUUCUGGUCAAUAACAUCCUUUGGCACCUUUCGCCCAUGGGGAAAGUUUGCCCUGAACUUCUGUAUAGAGCUCCAUGGGAGCAACUUGCUCACGGUGCUGGCACCCAAUGGCUUCUACUUGCGAGCAGACCGCAGUGGCACCCUAUUGGCAGACAGCGAGGACAUUACCAAAGAGUGUAUCUGGGAAUUUUAG